AUGUCUUUCUAUGGAAUAUGGAAGGUCUGCUCUGGCCCGGUUGGCUUAGUGGUGGGGAUCCGUACCAUCCCUGCUUUUGAAGAUGCUCUGCUAGCAUGCCGUGCAACUGACACUAUACGACAUGCCAUCGAAACUGGUGUAGAAGUUCCCGACAUUGGCCCGAUAUGUGACAUGACUGCCAAAGCUCGACCGCCUACAGUUGCCGAGCUUAGACAGUGUAAAGACCUGCAUUAUCUUGUCCAUCAUUUCCAAGCUAUCUUCUUUGCCCUAGAUGGAGGGAAAUACACCCGUUUUAUUGAGGAACAACACGGCGAAUCAGAAUUCACGUGGGCAGACAGAUUUCAUCGUGUCAUCUUUCGCGUGUUCCUGGCAGGAUCUGUGCUCUGUAAAGCACAUAAUCAUCCUAUUUGGCUUAGAAUUUGCCAAGAAAACGUUCGGCUUAGGUGGGCAGCACCCCAGACUCGCGAAUUCGUCCGCCAGGCGCUCCACGAUUUUCCUACUAGACUGGCUCUCUGA